UUCAACCUCUAUCCCGUCUGCUCAAAAAUAAUUGAAAAGAAAAAUUAAGAGUGCGUCAUUUUCGUUUCUAAAGUCACAUUCAAAUUCAAACUCAUUAUUUAAAGAAUAGGAAGAAGAAAAUCAACAGUAACUCUUAAUAAAUCAGUAGUCAACUAAAGACCUUAACGACUGACGUUCGUGGAGCUCGUGCAAUAAUGGCUCAAGUUUCAGAAAAGGAAAUCGAUGCCAUGAGAAGGAGAGUGGCCUCUGUUGCGAACCAUUUGAUUUCCGGACGUUCGAUUCCAGAUCCCAAGGCUUAUUCCCUUGAGUUAUGCAAUAAUGCUUCAACGAAUAACAGCUACUAUCGGAUACAUGGCGCGGUGCGCAGUCACGACGUCGUCUGGAGUGUUGCCUGCGAUGAGUUCGGCACGGAAUUCACCGACAUUAUUUACGAGAAAGCAGUCGGAGAAGCAAUAGCAAAAAUCACGAUAAAUAGACCAGAGAGAAGAAAUGCCUUUCGAACCCAGACAAUUAAGGAGCUUAUGCGCGCAUUUAAUGAUGCCAGGGACGACGCUUCGGUCGGAGUCGUCAUUCUCACUGGCAAGGGAACCAAAGCAUUUUGUAGUGGGGGCGACCAGGCCCUGAGAACGGCUGAUGGUUAUGCUGAUUCUGAAGAUAUUGGGCGUCUGAAUGUUCUAGACUUGCAGGUACAAAUUCGCCGUCUUCCAAAGCCAGUUAUAGCUAUGGUUGCUGGUUAUGCUGUUGGAGGUGGACAUGUGCUGCACAUGGUUUGUGAUCUAACUAUUGCAGCAGAUAAUGCCAUCUUUGGCCAAACAGGUCCUAAGGUAGGAAGCUUUGAUGCUGGCUAUGGAAGUUCGAUAAUGUCCCGACUGGUAGGGCCUAAGAAGGCACGCGAAAUGUGGUUUUUAGCAAGGUUCUAUACAGCUUCUGAGGCGGAGAAAAUGGGACUAGUGAACACUGUUGUACCGCUAGAGAAUUUAGAGAAAGAAACAAUAAAAUGGUGUAGAGAAAUCAUAAGAAAUAGCCCCACGGCUAUUCGAGUCCUUAAAUCAUCUCUGAAUGCAGUUGAUGACGGUCAUGCAGGACUUCAGGAACUUGGCGGAAAUGCCACACUCAUAUUUUAUGGCACUGAAGAAGGGAACGAGGGCAAGACAGCUUAUAUGCAGCGCAGACGUCCUGAUUUCUCAAAAUUUACUAGACGGCCAUGAUUGUUAGUUGUGAAAGAUGUUUGUAUGAGAUCAGUGUUUGGAUUUUUUUGGUAACAACUUGUCUUAAAAUAAGACUGCAUAUAGCUUCAGUAUAAAAAUAUUAGAACUUUUUUACAUAUAUUUUAUUGAAGCAGGAUAUUUUUUAUAAUUAAUGUAUAAUUGAUGGUGAUGUUUUAAUCAAUA